CUUCUGAGAGAAAGAGAAAGCGACCCACUGGCUCUGUGCAUCUUCGGAAUAUUUCCUUGAACUUGCGGCUCCCCUGGUUCGUCCAUUUCCUCUCCUCCAUUAAAAUGCUGCCAUCUUUUCCACCCUUUUAUUGGACUUUGUCCCUUUGCCAUCGCUCCUCAUCUCCUUUAUAAUCUCUCUCUGGACACCGUUUCUUGGUUUCUAGGGUUUCAGUAUUCCAAAAUCACGGCCAUCUUUAUCGGAAGGAAGGAAUUUCACAUGGGAUUGACUGGAUAGUCGCCCAAUUACGUUCUAGGGUUUCUAUGGUUUUCAGUGUUUUCCAACACCCAACUUGAAUCUAAGAAAUUGAGUAUCUACGUUGAUUAAAGAAUCAGCAGAUUGGGUAAAGGUCGGAGUCGUAAGCCUGUCCGUCCUGUUAGAUUUGGGUAUAUUUGUUCAGUCGCUUUGGUGGUUUGUUUUUAUCAAAAUGGAUGACGGGGAGCUCGAUUUCUCAAACCAAGAGGUGUUUGCAAGUACCAACAUGGGUGAUCUCCCUGGAAGCUGCUCUAUGGAUAGCUUUUUCGACGACAUUUUCAAGGAUACACAUGCCUGCACUCAUACCCACACUUGCAACCCACCGGGUCCCGAUUCCUCUCACACGCACACUUGUUUUCAUGUGCACACCAAAAUCUUGCCCGCCACCAGUGAAGAUAAGGCUUCCACUGAAGAUACUUCGGAGUCCUCAGAAAAGAAGUCAAAGAAAUGCUCAGUGGGCAAUCGUGAAGCGGUUCGCAAGUACCGCGAGAAGAAGAAGGCACGUGCUGCUUCUCUAGAGGAUGAAGUUGUGAGAUUGAGGACUCUGAACCAGCAGUUGCUCAAGAGAUUGCAAGGUCAGGCAGCAUUGGAGGCUGAGGUGGCAAGGCUCAAGUGUUUGCUUGUGGACAUCAGAGGGAGGAUUGAAGGGGAGAUUGGGUCUUUUCCUUAUCAGAAGCCGGCUAAAAGUGGUAAUAUGUAUCAAAACAUGGUUAAUCCAAACUUUCCCGGUGCGUACAUACCAAAUCAGUGUAAUAUCGAGUGUGAUGAUCAGGGCUACUGCCUUCAACCAGGGGUGGAAGGAAAAAGUGGGGAAGAUAUGUUGUUAAAUGGUCAGGGCUUUAAUGGUUGUGAAUUUGAAACUAUUCCCUGUUUGGGGAAUCAAAAUGAUGGGUUGAAGGACUUCUCUAGUGGUGGAAAUGGGAAUGUAUCUUCUACAGUCAAUCCUUCGCGUGCAAACAAGAGAAAAGGAGGGACUCGUGCAGCAUCGGGAGGCUCAAGAGCUACUGGGAUGUAGCAUAUUAAUAAUGCAGGAUACUUUAUGUCUACCAAUAAGUAGUUUUGCUGGAUUUCCGUGCAUCUCCCCUUGGACAACAUGUUCUAGUUUUCAAAUUCUCCGCGCUACCUUGAUAUUGGGUUAUGUUGCUGUAUCGACGUUGGCUACAUUUAUUGAUUCAGUCUGUAUUUUGUGAUAUGUAUUGACCGUGAUACAGUUGGUUGUAGGACUUAGCUGGGAGAGACCCAACUUUUGGCGUCCAUGAAGCUUCUGUAGCUUUUCUGCUCUGUCCUUUUAUGGUUUAUGACAUGUAAGUUCGUGAAGAAGUUUGAAAACAUUGCUCGGCUGUUUAUCCUUCAACCUUUUCAAUCUUUAAGUUCUUUCUCCA